UUAUAGCGAACAUGUUUGUGGUUUUGGCAUUGUAGUUAAGAGACAGUGUGAUUUACCCUUUUAUUAAUAAUGACACCCAAUAUGAGGAUAGUUUAUAAGUAAUUUUAUGUAAAUAAAAAGGAUAACAUCAGAUCUACAUAUUGACAUCACGAGUAGCCUACUACAGUAUAACAGUAACUAUCAUCUUAUAUUCUGUUGCUUUGUUUUUGUGAAAGCUGACAAUCUAGUUAUGAUAAAGUUGUCUUGUAUUUUAAAAGAAAAAAAUAUUUAAAUAAGCGUCUAAUUGCACAAAAUUUCUCAUCCCGAAUUUUCUUUAUGUAAAUGUAAAGUUUUUGCCGCAAGAUGGCGGUAUUAGAGCGCGCGUUGGUGUGAUUGCCGGAGAAGAAGAGACUCGUCCAAUCAGCGUCGCUUUCGUUAUCAAGCGCGAAAACUGAAGCCAUGGCAACUGCGAUAGUGAUGUUGGUUUGUUUGUGUGAAAGUCUGUGAUAGUUUCAUAUUUAGACUAUCGUAUGAUCGUGUGAAGUCAUGUGUGCGGCGGUGAGGUUUAUGGUGAUGUAUCUGGAUGAGUCUGUAGAUGUGUUUUAUACAGACGGGCGCAGACUCCAGCUGUCAUCCUGCGGCUCUGAAUUCAUUAUAGACAAACACAAGCUGUCACCAUCUGAUCACCCGCUACACACCAGAGAGAGAGUCAGACAGAGGACACGAUUCACCAUCAGCGAGUAUAAGAUGUUGGUAGUUAAUGCGCUGGAGUUUAGAAACAAAUACGCAACUCGUCCAUAUCUGCCUGAAGAGCUUGUGGAAGUGGAGUUUAAAAAGACUUCCAUGAAUGCAGUGACUGAGGUGCAGUGGCCGGCAUCUGACACUUGCAAUAUUUUACGUGGACCUCUCGAGGAGAUGUCUGUCUGUUCUGUUAAUGGUCAUGCUAAACUCAUUCUUUCCUCUUCUGGAGAGGAGUUCACAGUGGAGUUUAUCUGCAGGUCCAGCCAAAGUGAAGUAGACUCACAAUAUCAAGGGAUCCAACACAAAAGCACGUGUUUGCUAGGUGCCCUGACAUCAAAAUCAGUCACGGGUAAAGACUUAAACACCUCAGCGAAUGAUCAAAUCCAUGGUCGUACAGCUGCAGAAUCUGUGGAGCCAACCAGCAGAACGUCCAGUAAGGUGGAUCUGUACACCAAAGUCAUCCAGCAGUAUUCCCGAGCAUCUUACCCACAAACGUGGCACUAUCCUUUAUCGUUAGCGGUCAGGCAUCUGGAAUCACAAAGAACUGAAAUAAACACUGGACAACCUAUAUCAAGUCAUGCAGAUCUACAAGACGCAGAAGUUCAGCUACCAACAGAGCUAAAGUCGAAACUUCCUGAGGCGUUGCCUUUGAAAUGUCCAUCUCCUCAUCAGCACAGGUGGAGGUACGAGAAAGUGAAUCCUGAUUGGCUGGAGCAGGAAGUGGAAGUUACCACUGAGCUGGUGAAAGUGGUCUGGUGCAAAGGUGUCAUAUACCGUAUAAUUGAUGGCGUGACAGCAGUAGUCGAGAUCUCACCUGGUGACGGCUCGGUCAUCAGAUCCAACGGAGCUCUGGCCAAUUACUUCACACAUUACAAAUCUAAAGCUGCUCACAGAGAUGUAAAUACUGUGUAUUACCUGAGCGGACUUCCACCCGAUGUCCCAGGUCAGCUGUAUUCUGUGAGAUCUGUGGUCACACGGGCCAGCAGGAUUCUAAAAUGCUUCAUCCAGGCCAGAACUUCUCUGAGGACUCAUCUGUCUUUUUUCUGUUGGAAAGAGACUGCGGUGUGUGAUUGUGUGAACGUGGUUCAGGAGGUGAAUGUGGCGGGUACAGGAUGUUUUAAAGCUCUCUCAGAUGGGGCCGCUGAGGUUUUGUUUCUCAACGGUGUGAGAGCUCAGAUGAUGUGGACUUCAGACUCGUACACACCUGCACAGCAGAAACUCACAGCAGAGGUCAGGGCUUCAGAAAGAUGGUGUCAGAUCAGUCUGCCAGAUGGUCAUCAGACACUUGUCCAGGUGGAUAAAAACAAACCUUAUCAAAGGUAUGUGUCAGCAUUAGUGGAGUGGUGUGAGUGGGUAAAGCAGACAGAACAGAGCAAAAGCAUAGAGGGUGUGGCCUUCUCAGACUCCGCCCAUUCGAACACACAUCAGCCAAUAACCUACAGAUCUGUUGUCUCAGAACUGGAAAAGAUUAAAAGGUUUAACUUUUUGUUGGAGAACAGCCGUGUCUUGGGUUCUGCAGGAAGAUCUUUGGGUUGUGAGCGUUCAUCUGACCUUUGUGAAGUUAAACUGACCGAUAACUGUAUCUCUGAGGCUUUGGAGAAAACCUCUAAAGCCAUACGAGAUAUUAACACGCUCUUAUCAGAAAAACCAUAGACUUUUAGACACGAUUAUACGGCUUUAUUAAGACCAUAGAAACUAGAGACUGUGUUCGAUGCCGACCCACUGUAUUUAAAGUUGAUCAUCAUCGAGACAUUUGAAAACAAAUCAGCUUCUUCGUGGACCUUUAUCAUGGUUGAUGACAUCAUAAUGUUUAUGGGAACGAAAAUCAGCAAAUGACUCUAGGCCGGAUCCGCACCGGAGCUAGUAACUUUGGCGUGUAUCCGGUGCAGAUCUGGCCCAGAAUCGUCUGCUGUUUUGGAGGGAUUGAAAUACAGUGGGUUGAUCUUGUAAAAGUUUUCAAUACUUGUUUUCAAUAAAAGUUUAAAAGCAAAAAAUACUGUCUAGUAUUCAAAGUGUUGUUUUGAUCAUAGUCUUGUUUUUGUUCUCAAAUCAAUUCUGGCAUCUACCUGGACUGACGUCAUUUCUGACUGUUUUUAUGCACACAUUAAUACUGAAAAAAAUGUAAUUUAAUUUACUCAAUAAAUAAUUAUAUGUCUGUUUUUGCUCACAAAUAAAUGUUAUGAAUGUUACAGGAAUUCAAGUAAGACAUAGAUGAAGGCAUGGAGUCCUGUUGCAGAUGUUUCAGUCAUUAGUUUUUCCGCUGGCUGUCAACCAUA